AAGCAUUCUGGCUCAGUGACUCUGACAUCGGACGUGAUAUAUCGUCCUCCUACUGUGCCCUGCUCGACCGCCGCCCUGCGACCUUGCGGCAAGGCCCCCCCCAACGCAUGGAAGACAAGGACGGCCGGACCUGCAAGCGGUGCUGGCCGACGCCACCGGCGCCAUGCUGGCGCGCUGGGUCGCGGCCGCCGCCGCCGCCAACCGCACCCUGUGGGUCCUGGAGGUGGGCGCCUGCAACGGGGACUUCGCCCCGCCGGCCCGGGGCGACGACGGGGCCGGGGGCUCGACGACUCCCCGGGAGUCCAACGACGUGGUCCAGGGCCUCUUCGGCAGCCCCGCGGUGCGGGCGGUGCUCGUGGAGCCGAACCCGCCCAUGUUCCGGGAGCUGCAGAGGAACAUGGCGGCCGCGUUCGGGAACACCGAGCGGCUCCGUGCGAUGCAGGUGGCGGUGUGCCCGGAGAAGAGCGGCAGCGUGCCCUUCUACGUGGUGGAUUCCGAGCGCCUCGUGAGGGACCAUCCCGACACGCCGAAGUGGGCGGCGAAGCAGCUGAGCUCCAUGGACCGCCACCACAUCGUGAAGCACGCGAGGUCCCUGGCCAUGAAGCGGAGCGCGUGGGAGGCAUACAUCCAGGAGAUCGCAGUCCCGUGCCUCACGCCAGCGGACCUCCUCGCCGCCGCCAGCCUCCCCCCAGCGCAGGUCGACCUCCUCCAGGUGGAUGCCGAGGGGUUCGACGGGAAGAUCGUGCGCACCUUUCUCAACCUGCCAGAGGUGAACCCCAAGGUUAUCCGCUUCGAGCAGAAACACCUCCCCCGCCAAGAGUUAGGAAAUCUGACUAGCUAUUUGCGCGCGAGGGGCUACAGGGUGGAGCAGAUAAGCUCCGACGUCGUGGCCUGGCGGGAGGCCGAACUCCAGAUUGACGGGCCACGAUUGCAGGCACCAGUGGCUGAAACUCAUCCGCCCACACGGACGGCGUUGCCAUGUCCAGAGUAUGUCCGUGUCGCUGGUGUUCCGACAGCCCAGUCGAAGCGAAAUGGGAUGUUCAAGCAAAUCGGAGUUAUUAAGGAAGAGGGUGUAAUCAUGAAUGGCGGACGGCCAGUAUUCAGAAGCACCAACAAACAGUUCUUGUUUUAUUUUGCACGAAGGAAGUCGUGGCGAAUCGGAAAUCAACCAGAAGCCGGACAAGAUGGUUUUGGUGACGGCGUGAUCAGUCAGGAUGGGGAGGGCGCAGUUUGUCCCACAAACGCAUUUGGAUGGCAUUAUUUCGAUGGCGGAUGGGUACCGUCCAGUGCCAUCACAGUCGAGGCAGCCAUCAACGUUGCGCCUUCUCAAUCAAAGUCUUAGGGAUAAAUUGUUCGUUCGCCUUCGUGCGCAGCACUUUCAAACAUGAACGCCAGCUGGUACGAGACGGAGCCCGAGCUUAAUGGACGCCGGUCGCGGGAAUCGCGAUGUGCUCGAGGCGGUGUUCGGCGAGUUGUAGCCCUUUCCCCGCUCGCUGCCCUGCUCGCGUGGGCGGUAGAUCUGGAGGGCUCCAUUCUUGCCGCAGGCCUCCCCAGACUCGGGGCACUGGAGACCAGGACUUCGCAGACCAUGAUGUUGCCAGGGAGAGCGAAGAACGAGUGGCGUGUCGGCCCACGGUUGCAGUGGUCUUGGGCGUGCCAGCGUCCUGGUUUGUCAAGGUCCCCGUUUACGGUGCCCCGACGAUUUACCAGGAGUUGGGCCUGGAGGCAUGAGUGAGGCUUACCUUGGGGGCUGCAGAGGGCACUAGGGACACACCCUGAGUGUUUGCGAGACGGAUCUGACGUCGGCCACGGUAAGAAACC